AUGCUUGUGUUAAAAAAAUGGGCAGAAGACGAAGGAGACCAGCCGGAAGAACCGUCUUCAUCUGAGGCAUCAGAGAAAAGAUACCGGGAGCCUACUCCUUCCAAGACGACCAGGACUCUGAAGAAGUUCUGCCCCAAUCCGUCAACUCCAACCGGCACAAAAACGCAAAGAACCAUUACAGAGGUAAGGUCAGCCAGGUGUAUAAAGGAGCCUUUCUCUUGGUGGAAACAGACUCCAACAGAUUCACACACUGAGAUCUUUGUCACAAACGGCCGGAUUUCCUCCAGGAAGAUGGAAACGCCGCUCAAACUCUGCAUCAUUCUCAUCAUUUUCUCCUCAGCAUCGGCUCAGACCCCCACCUCAGUGACCAGCAGCCAGAAUGCUACUGUAACAAACACCACCACGACCCAGAACACAAACGCAAUUAACAACUCGACUGUUUCUGUUACUUCAAACAUGGCAACAAACCAGAGUACAACCCUCUCAACUCCAGCUAACUCAACGACAAACAUGACCACGACCCUGAGCCCAAACUCAACAACUGCUUCAAACCUGACCACAACUCCCAGUACAAACUCAACAUCAACAGUCAAUAAUGUCACAGGUACAUCCACCGUCAACCUGACCACAACUCCCAACACAAACUCAACAUCAACAGUGGAUGUCAAUGGUACAUCCACCGUCAACCUGACCACAACUCCCAGUACAAACUCAACAGGCAAUAAUGUCACAGGUGCUUCUACUGUGAACCCAACCGCUACUUCAAGCACUACAAGCACAACCCCAACAAUGACACAGAGGCCCAACCCCACCACAAACCCAUCGACCAGCCUUACAACCAGCACUGCCUCCAGCGGCGACAGCAGCGGCGACAGCAGCGGCGGCGGCAGCGGCGGUGGGGUUCCUGGAUGGGCCAUUGCCCUGCUGGUUCUGGCUGCUUUGGUUCUACUGCUGCUCCUCCUGUUUCUUAUCGCUCUGCUGGUGUGGUUCUGCUGCUGCAGACACAGAAGCAGCUUCAGUCCCUAUGCAAACCUGAACAACAUGGACAACGUCCCGAUGUACACCACCCACACCCGGUUCGUUGGGACCAAUGCUAGAGAACAAGAAGACCUGGGGAAGCACAUGAACCGGCGGUCCGGCUCGUACACCAUCACCUCGUAGUGAAACGUCACGACAUCAGGAGAAGGGACACCUCAGAUUGCAACGUUUUUACAUUUCAUUAAUUAUAUGGCUGAAACUUCAAAAUUAUGCUGAUUUUUGUUUAUUAUCUGCUGAGAACUGCAGCAGAAAAUCAAAAAAUUUUCCUUUUAACAAUGUUAGUGUAGAUGGGCCCAGUCUAUGAUGCCUCGCCUGAUCUUUGGUUUUAUCUCACAUAAAUGGAAGAAGAGCCCAGCGAUCAAAAACCCACCGUUUUCUACAACACAUGGAUUUGGUUUAAAAUGUUACUUUUAACCUUGAUUUUAAAUCUCAUAUAUGAUAAUCUUACAGAACAGGGAAACUCCUCCUGGAAGCAUUAUUGUAAUUUAUAAAUAAUCUGACCCACAAUAUUGACCCGAUUCUUUUAUUCAGCUCUAAAGUACCUCUGAGCAGACUCUAAAACUAUUAUUUUUUUAAAGUUAAACUUAAUAAAGUCUAAAGCAGGAUGAAAAAGACAAGGAAACAUCAGAGAUUCAUAUAAAACAAAGAAUAAAAAGAAAAAAGAUCCAUCACUUAGAAACCUCUCUUUUUGUUUUACAUCUUAGACACAUGAAGUUCUCAGAUAAUCUAAAGUCAGCAGGUGGAUAAAUGGG